GCGUGGCCGGCGACGGCGGAGCAGGAGCGCCGCCAUAUUUCGGUUCGCGGAGCCCCCGGAGCGCCAGCGGCGGCCGCGGCCCGAGCUGACGGAGCGUCGGGCGGGCGUCCGGGCGGAGGUGGCAGCGGGGCGGCGCCCACACCGGCCGGGCCGGCGCAGCCAGCGGACGCCGUGAGCGAGCCAGGCUGACUUGGGGCGCCCAGGGGGCGGGCGGGCCUGCCCGACGCCAUGGACCAGGACUACGAGCGGCGCCUGCUCCGGCAGAUUGUCAUCCAGAACGAGAACACCGUGCCGGGUGUGAGUGCCCGCGUGGCGGAGAUGAGGCGCACCCUGACCCCUGCCAACUCGCCCGUGUCCUCCCCAAGCAAGCACGGGGACCGCUUCAUCCCCUCCCGGGCUGGCGCCAACUGGAGUGUGAACUUCCACAGGAUCAAUGAGAACGAGAAGUCUCCGAGCCAGAACCGCAAGGCCAAGGACGCCACAUCUGACAAUGGCAAAGACGGCCUGGCCUACUCGGCGCUGCUGAAGAACGAGCUUCUGGGCGCAGGCAUCGAGAAGGUGCAGGACCCGCAGACCGAGGACCGCAGGCUGCAGCCCUCCACGCCCGAGAAGAAGGGGCUGUUCACGUACUCUCUCAGCGCCAAGCGCUCCUCCCCCGAUGACGGCAAUGAUGUGUCUCCCUACUCCUUGUCCCCUGUCAGCAACAAAAGUCAGAAGCUGCUGCGGUCGCCACGGAAACCCACCCGGAAGAUCUCUAAGAUCCCCUUCAAGGUGCUGGACGCGCCCGAGCUGCAGGACGAUUUCUACCUCAACCUGGUGGACUGGUCCUCCCUGAACGUGCUCAGUGUCGGGCUGGGCACCUGCGUGUACCUGUGGAGUGCCUGCACCAGCCAGGUGACACGGCUCUGUGACCUCUCCGUGGAAGGGGACUCCGUGACUUCCGUGGGCUGGUCUGAGCGGGGAAACCUGGUGGCCGUGGGCACACACAAAGGCUUCGUGCAGAUCUGGGAUGCAGCCGCAGGGAAGAAGCUGUCGGUGCUGGAAGGGCACACGGCGCGCGUAGGUGCGCUGGCCUGGAACGCGGAGCAGCUGUCCUCCGGGAGCCGGGACCGCCUGAUACUGCAGCGGGACGUGCGCACCCCGCCCCUGCAGGCCGAGCGGCGGCUGCAAGGCCACCGGCAGGAGGUGUGCGGCCUCAAGUGGUCCACGGACCACCAGCUCCUGGCCUCCGGGGGCAAUGACAACAAGCUGCUGGUCUGGAACCACUCGAGCCUGAGCCCCGUGCAGCAGUACACAGAGCACCUGGCGGCCGUGAAGGCCAUCGCCUGGUCCCCGCACCAGCACGGGCUGCUGGCGUCGGGCGGGGGCACCGCGGACCGCUGCAUCCGCUUCUGGAACACCCUGACGGGGCAGCCGCUGCAGUGCAUCGACACUGGCUCCCAGGUCUGCAACCUGGCCUGGUCCAAGCACGCCAACGAGCUGGUGAGCACGCAUGGCUACUCACAGAACCAGAUCCUGGUGUGGAAGUACCCCUCGCUCACGCAGGUGGCCAAGCUCACCGGCCACUCCUACCGCGUCCUCUACCUGGCCAUGUCCCCCGACGGAGAGGCCAUCGUCACGGGUGCUGGGGACGAGACGCUGAGGUUCUGGAAUGUCUUCAGCAAAACCCGCUCCACAAAGGAGUCCGUGUCCGUCCUCAACCUCUUCACACGCAUCCGGUAGAGGCGGCGCCCGCCGGCCCAGGGCCCCAAUGCUCAUUAAAGUCUCAUUCUCAACCCUCUGGGCCGCUGCUUGGGGCGGGCUGGGCGGACCCCCGGAGCUGCCAGCCUGCCAGCCAGCCAGCGGACAGCACGCCUCGGGGACAGCAGGGCCGGGCGCCCACCUGGCCGAGUCAGCCGGAACUGCUGAGUCCGACUCGUGGAUGGAUCCGCCUGCCCAGCCCCCGGCCGCCCGCGCUGGGACCCCCAGGAGCCUGAAGGGGAGGGGAGCGGGGGCCCCCCGCGGUGCUCCUGGGCUCCCCGCAGCCGGUCCCGACCCUCCGCCCUGUGGCCGGCGGCGCGGCCCCUGGCCCCGGGCGCGUGCAUGUGUACAUAUGUAUCUGUGAGCCGAGUCCUCUGUCCUCCCGGCGGCCCGAGGGGCCCAGUGUGCCCAGGCCGUGGCCCUCGGCGCCGCCGUCGUGUCCUUUGUUUGAGUCUCUUGUGUGGGGGUCCCGCGGGGGGAGGGGCUGCCCCCUGCCCGCCCCCUCCCCGAGCCGGCCGCCUCGCGUCUCGCCAUUAAACUCCGCCGUGGGGCCAGCCCGGGACAGCUGUC